CAUGGAUGAAGGUGUUGUGCCUGUAGUUGGGGUGUGGAGAAAGUGCCAGGGUGAUAUUUCCAAGGCCAGCAUGCUCAUAUACACCAACUUGUAUUGUCCUGUGGGCUGCUGCGGUAGGCACCAGUUGGUAUACGUGUGUGUGUGUGUGUGUGUGUGUGUGUGUGUGUGUGUGUGUGUGUGUGUGUAUGAACCUGCUGCUCUCUGUGUACAGAAGCUGGGGACUUCGGGAACUUGCUGGAGUGUCUUGGGGUUAUGAGUCUUUGAGUCUGUUGUGGGCUCUGGGCUCUAGCUGGUGCUGGUGCUGGUGUGUGUGUGUGUGUGUGUGUGUGUGUGUGUGUGUGUGUGUGUGUGUUGUGUGUGUGUGUGCCCCCGCGCGCGCGCGCGUAAAAGUUGGUGUGUAGGCUCUGAGACCUAAGGCUCCUUCCAAGCCUCUUCUUGAGGGGCCCAGGUCCCUGUCCUUGCAGGCCCCAAGGGAAUAGGCUGGGGAUACGAUGCUUCAGCUGGAGCCCCUCCCCCCAAGUCUCCUAAUUGAAACCGGGUUUCUGUGGCCUGCCUCUCCACCACUGGCCAUCAGUUUCUGAGUGAUGGCUUAGCUGUCUCAGGUCCUGGGGUACCAGUCCUUGGGGGUGGAUUCACCUCAUCUGCAUAUUCACCGGCAUCUCGAUUUAAAACAGAAGCUUCUAAGACAGAGGGUCCGGGAGGGCAUCCUGGGUUCUGUGGGUCAACAUGGUCCCCUGCUUCCUCCUGUCUCUGCUGCUACUUGUGAGGCCUGCGCCUGUGGUGGCCUACUCUGUGUCCCUCCCGGCCUCCUUCCUGGAGGAAGUGGCGGGCAGUGGGGAAGCUGAGGGUUCUUCAGCCUCUUCCCCAAGCCUGCUGCCGCCCCGGACUCCAGCCUUCAGUCCCACACCAGGGAGGACCCAGCCCACAGCUCCGGUCGGCCCUGUGCCACCCACCAACCUCCUGGAUGGGAUCGUGGACUUCUUCCGCCAGUAUGUGAUGCUCAUUGCGGUGGUGGGCUCGCUGACCUUUCUCAUCAUGUUCAUAGUCUGCGCGGCACUCAUCACGCGCCAGAAGCACAAGGCCACAGCCUACUACCCGUCCUCUUUCCCCGAAAAGAAGUAUGUGGACCAGAGAGACCGGGCUGGGGGGCCCCAUGCCUUCAGCGAGGUCCCUGACAGGGCACCUGACAGCCGGCAGGAAGAGGGCCUGGACUCCUCCCAGCAGCUCCAGGCUGACAUUCUGGCUGCUACUCAGAACCUCCGGUCUCCAGCUAGAGCCCUGCCAGGCAGUGGGGAGGGAACAAAACAGGUGAAGGGUGGGUCGGAGGAGGAGGAGGAGAAGGAAGAGGAGGUGUUCAGUGGCCAGGAGGAGCCCCGGGAAGCCCCAGUAUGUGGGGUCACUGAAGAGAAGCCGGAGGUCCCUGACGAGACAGCCUCAGCAGAGGCUGAAGGGGUUCCCGCAGCCAGCGAGGGCCAAGGGGAACCAGAAGGGUCUUUCUCCUUAGCCCAGGAACCCCAGGGAGCAGCUGGUCCUUCCGAAAGGUCCUGUGCCUGCAACAGAAUCUCCCCUAAUGUGUAACAGGCCCCAGAACUGUGAGGCCUGACUCUUGGGUCCUCGAAGGUCACCUCCUUGGUCAAGAAAGGCAUUCAGCUUUGACUGCUUCUUGACACCCUGCCUUGGCCAUUGUGGGUGCCAAUCCUGACCCUGAAUGGGCAAAGCUGCUGGCCUCUGGUGUACCCCAGGAAACACCACCCCAAGUUCCAGCGCCCUUAAUGACUCUCACCAUCCUGGGGGCUUCACCCCGAAGCACCACUUCUCUGGAAGGGGAAGGUCAGACACAUCCCAGUUGGAGCCGCAAUGAGGCAGUCCUCAGAACAGAAGGGGAACAGGCCAGAGGCUGUCUGUGACAUACACAGUAAACACCCCUGCUUGCACCUUGGCUGUGGAGACAAGAGGGGCUGUUGAUUCAGAUGGGCCUGCGGUGUCCUCUCUGCCGUUGUGCCCUGCAGGAUAGCAAGGUGCAGUCCGUGUCUGGUAAUGCCAGGGACUGCAGAGUCCUUCGCAUCUCCUGAUCACCGCAGUGUCUCUGUCACGCUGCCCCUGUUCAGUGGACUUGAUUAGUUAGGAAGCUUCUGGAAGGGACCCCUAAUUAUAUCACGGAGUUUCCCCAUGGAAACACAAACUCCAAAUCAUGUGACUUUAGGAGCCACCGUGCCCCUCCAAAGACUGACAUGGCUACUCUAAGGGUUCCCACUGGGCUGGCUUUGCUACGCUUUCUUCACGUUGCUUCAUUAUUACCAGGAGGUCUCAUAGCUACAAAGUCCAAUCUCACAGCACCCAGUCUGGAAAACAGUGUUCUCAGGUUUUCUCCAAGGCACCCCACUUCCUGAUUGGUUCAGAGUUGGAAUGUGGCACGCAGGGCGUCCGGCUCACUCAAGUGUCAAGUGACCCUGACUUGGGUGUGUGCAAGACAUCUUGCUGUCAAUGCUGGGGUGAGGGAGAAGCCAAGGGGAUGUUUGGGGGUCACAGCCAUUCUGGAUUCUGACACCCAGCCUGGAGCAGGGGCCUGGCCCAUUCUACGCUCACACAGUGGUCUAGCAGCCUGAACCCACACCGUUCCUCAACCCUCAACAGUGCUGAGGCUCUGUCCUGUUGGGGAUUUUGGGGUUCACUACACCUGCAUUCAGGGCUCCCCGAGAUGUCAGCUCUUCAGGUGUGGAUAUAUGACACACUAGCAUAAUAAACCUUGAUCUGGCUUGA